UGGAGGGAGAUGAAGAGGACUCUCAGAGGGUGAAGCUGUCAAAGCAGAAUGGAGUGAGGAAGAGCGAGUCAGAGGAGGAGCAGAGAGAGAUGAUCACUCCAGCCUUGAGAGAUGCUCUGACUAAACAAGGGUACAAACUAAUAGGAAGUCACUCUGGGGUAAAACUGUGUCGUUGGACCAAGUCAAUGCUGAGAGGGAGAGGAGGCUGCUAUAAACACACCUUCUAUGGGAUUGAAUCACACCGCUGUAUGGAGACCACGCCGAGCCUGGCCUGUGCCAACAAAUGUGUUUUCUGCUGGAGGUGUUCCAGGAGUGCGUCCCGAGCGCUUUGAAGAGGGCCUCACCGUGAAGCACUGUGCUCUGUCUCUGCUGGGCGAACCCAUCAUGUAUCCUGACAUCAACUCCUUCCUUCGACUCCUUCACCAGCAGAACAUAUCCAGCUUCCUGGUCACCAACGCCCAGUUCCCUGAGGAGAUCAGGAGCCUUGUGCCCGUUACACAACUUUAUGUCAGCAUUGAUGCCAGCACAAAGGAUAGUCUGAAGAAAAUUGACCGCCCCUUUUCAAAGACUUCUGGCAGCGCUUCUUGGACAGUCUCAGAGCACUUGGUGAAAAGUUCAAAGUUGACGGGGAGUGGUGGACGUGGAUUGACUAUGAAUGCUUUCAGGAGCUCAUUAAGGGAUACGAGGAGAGCGGAGGCACCAAGAGCUUCUCAGCGAUGGACUAUAUGGCCAAGACCCCCAGCUGGGCCAUUUUUGGGGCCCGAGAAAGGGGAUUUGACCCUUCGGACACACGUUUCCAGAGAAAGAAUAAGACCAAAGAUAUCUCAGGGUGUUGAUGUUACUUGUCCCAUCCUACUUUAAGUCUUUAGAGUAAUUUGUAUUUUUAAUGAAUGGAAUAGAUGACUUGAUUGACUGAUUGACCCAAGAUUAAAACUUAUUUUUAUUAUUUUAGCCAAGGCUCAGUUUGCUCUCCAAGACCUGUCUUAGGGUUGAAAUUCUGGUUAGCAUAUUCUUGCAGAUAACUCUUUUUUUUUUCUCACGCUGUUUUAAUAAAUGUUAGCUGCUGUUUUUAGUAAUGGUCACAGUAAUAAAAAAUGUCAUUUCCAAGUCCUGUUCACUCGGAGCUCUGAAUGUAAUAGCUCUGGUAAGAAUACCGACAGGAGGACAGAACUGAAGAACAAGUGACUUGAAUUUAAGAGUACUCUAAAUUUGGAGUACUCAUGGGGAAAGAACUGCAAAGGAAAAAUAUCACUAUAGUUAGCUACGUUAAUAUCAUGUCACCCCAAACUGAUAUGUGUGUUCUUUUAGACGUUUAGAGGGCAGUUGAGUCAGAUGGGACUUUGAAUGGAGCGGUUCUUACAGGUCGGCCCAUGAUACAGCUGAAAGCUAUUUGGAAUCAGAACUGCCCCACACAGUAAAUAUAUCUGUAACAACCACUCAAGACAUUGAAAUGUGAAAUUGCAGUUCUUACCUUUUGCAUUGUCUUAUGCUGUUGUCUAUUUUUUUGUCUUGGGUAUUUCUACACGUUGUUGAUGUGUAUUACAUAUGUCACUACAGGCUUUUGUUUUUUGUAUGUAUUUUAUCAUUCUUUGCCUUUUUUUGUCUUGCGAAAUGUUAUCAUAAUGCAGUUAUGAGCCUGAUGUUUGUCUUU